UGGUACACCCGCCGUAACAGCAAUAGCGCGUGAAAUGCAUGCUUAAAUAGGCUGAAUCUAACCUAUAAUCGCCUGCUAUUUGUUUUUGCUGUCCAGGAUAAAUGCUUUCCGUGAAACAUAAGACAGCUCCAUUGUUUAUUGUUUCUACAGUGCGGAUAUACAAACUUUGUUGAAUGUUGAGAUAUGGAAAAUCUCCGUUGUUUGAGCUGAAAAUGUAAUCAUGGAGCCAAAUGAACGGCUCAUUUCAUCAUUGCGAUUCCCAAAGAUCAUCAAGAGCCGUUCGUUUGCGUCCGCCCAAUCACUACUAGCCUUAAAAUGUGAACGCUGAGUCGGCGCUACGGUUUACAUUUGUAUCUACAAUACGGACGGUCGCAAAUCAAUGAUUGUUGAAUACAAUGAUCCAAAGUUCACUACCAAAACAAUGUAUGAGUGAACUGUUUUCAUGCGUGGUUUGAAACGACAAACAUGUUUUUUAAAACAUUCACGGAUUCAGCUCGUGGCUUGUUACAGCUGGUAAACCGGAGAGCCAUCAUACCACAACAUCCUCAUGUGUACUCCGUGGGGCUUGGACAGGAAGGACCCUCUCGACUGUACUACGAGACCGCUAAACCAGUGAACACUCCGGUCUCGGAUGCCUCUAUCCGGACAGUGGACCUCCGCAGCGAUACGGUAACCAAGCCCGGAGCGGCCAUGCGUCAAGCUAUGGCUGAGGCCGAAGUUGGGGACGAUGUGUUUGGUGAGGACCCCACGGUGAACGAGCUCCAGAAGAUGGCUGCAGAGUUGUUUGGGAUGGAGGCUGCUCUCUACGUCCCCUCAGGAACUAUGGCAAACCUCAUAGCAGUAAUGGUGCACUGCAGGGAGAGAGGAGAUGAGAUGAUCGUUGGGGAUCUGUCUCACCUCCAUAUCUAUGAGCAGGGAGGAACUGCCCAGCUGGCUGGUGUUCAUUCCACCACAGUGACCACCCUACCUGAUGGGACUUUUGACCUGGAUCAGCUGGAGUCCAAGAUUCGCCACGGUUAUCCUGACGCCCACUACCCACGCUCCCGCCUGGUGUGUGUGGAGAACACACACAACAUACAGGGAGGACGUGUGCUGCCCUUACCGUUCCUGAAGGAGGUUAAGGCAUUAGCGGAGAAGUACGGUCUGGCUGUACACAUGGACGGAGCCAGAAUGAUGAAUGCAGCCGUUGCCCAAAAUGUCACCCCAUCUACAAUCCUACAAAACACACACAGCGUUAGCGUCUGUCUUUCUAAGGGACUGGGUGCACCAGUGGGCACAAUGUUGGCUGGCCCUCAUGACUUCAUUUCCAGGGCAACACGCUGUCGUAAAGCCCUGGGCGGAGGCCUGCGCCAGGCAGGCAUACUGGCAGCAGCUGGCAAGCUGGCAUUGGGGGACAUGAUAACCAGGCUGGAGGAAGACCACCAUCAUGCCAGGAUCUUCGCACAGGCUCUGCUGGAGUGCGAUCCUCCUCUCUACGAGGUUGACAUGGCUGCUGUGCAAACCAACAUCGUGCGGUUCCGUCUUCGGGACCCCUCGUUGACCCCAACAGAGUUCUGUACCCUCAUGGCCGGGGUGGGGGAGUGUGAGCAGGCCUCUAUUGGACAGGGUGUACGGGUACUUAUGUUCCCUCACAUUGGUGGCUCCAUUAGGGCUGUGUGGCAUCUAGGCGUCACACUGGAGGACACCCAGCUGGCCACCCGAAAGGUGCAGUUUGUGGCCAGGCAGCACUCCCAGCAGACACUUGGGGCUCACUAAAAAUUCUGAGCUUAACGCCACCAUAGUGAGCUGUGUGCUGAACCCUUCUGAAAAUGUUUCUUGUUCAGAGGAAAAGCAGUGAAAGCACUAGGACUUACAUUUUUAUUAUUUAGUAGUUAAAUAAUGAUUUGAACAGUUAGUAAUUGAUUUAAAUAGUGUUUGUAUAAUUUGUUUUGGAAUAUGAUGAGUAUACAGAUGUGAUGAGUAAGCAUUUCUAUUAAACAAAUCAAUUAUGCCUUGUCAA